AUGACAUCCCCCUACAAGGAAUUAGACCUAGUCAGCACAGAAGGUCCUGGUGUCAGCAUCUCAGAGGAGAGACAGAGCACUUCUGAAAUUAACGGUGUAAACAUCAUCUAUAAUCCUUAUGCUUCCCUUUCUGUUGAACAACAGAGACAAAAGUUGCCAAUUUUUAAGCUUAGAAAUCACAUACUGUACCUGGUGGAAAACUAUCAGACUCUGGUGAUUGUUGGAGAAACAGGAUGUGGCAAAACCACCCAGAUUCCACAAUACUUAGCAGAAGCUGGCUGGACGGCCGAAGGGAGGGUAGUUGGAGUGACUCAGCCUCGCAGAGUUGCUGCUGUUUCAGUUGCAGGCCGAGUGGCUGAGGAAAGAGGCGCUAUGCUGGGUCAUGACGUUGGAUAUUGUAUUCGUUUUGAUGAUUGCACAGACCCUCAGGCUACAAGAAUUAAGUUUUUGACAGAUGGUAUGUUGGUGAGGGAGAUGAUGGCCGACCCGUUACUAACAAGAUACAGUGUCCUCAUGCUGGAUGAAGCUCAUGAAAGAACCCUGUAUACAGACAUUGCCAUCGGCUUAUUAAAAAAGAUUCAAAAGAAACGAGGGGAUCUGCGACUGAUUGUAGCAUCAGCUACCCUGGAUGCAGAGAAAUUUAGAGAUUUCUUCAAUCAAAAUGAGACUAGUGACCCCAGCAAGGAUACCAGUGUGAUUCUUACCGUGGAAGGGAGAACUUUUCCAGUGGAUGUCUUUUAUAUACAGAGCCCUGUUCCAGAUUAUGUCAAAUCAACUGUAGAAACCGUGAUGAAAAUUCACCAGUUGGAGAGUGAUGGGGAUAUAUUGGCCUUUCUAACUGGCCAGGAGGAAGUAGAAACUGUCGUUUCUAUGCUGAUAGAACAGGCUCGAGCCCUUUCUCGUACUGGGAUGAAGAAACACCUCCGUGUUCUCCCUUUGUAUGCUGGGCUUCCUUCCUCUGAGCAGAUGAAAGUAUUUGAGAGGGUUUCACACACUGUCAGAAAGGUGAUUGUGGCCACCAAUAUUGCUGAGACAUCCAUUACGAUUCAUGGAAUCUCAUCUGUGAUUGACUGUGGCUUUAUGAAGCUUCGGGCCUAUAAUCCCAAAACAGCCAUUGAAUGCCUUGUAGUUGUUCCAGUGUCAAAGGCAUCAGCUAAUCAGAGAGCAGGGCGUGCAGGCCGAAACCGCUCUGGAAAAUGUUACAGGCUUUACACAGAGGAAGAUUUUGAGAAGUUGCCACAGUCCACUGUUCCAGAAAUGCAGCGGAGUAACCUGUCACCUGUCAUAUUGCAAUUGAAAGCUUUGGGAAUUGACAAUGUGCUCAGGUUCCCCUUCCUCUCUCCACCCCCUGCACAAUCAAUGGUGCAAGCUUUGGAAUUGCUGUAUGCUUUAGGAGGUUUGGAUAAACACUGUCGUCUAACAGAACCUCUUGGUAUGAGAAUAGCAGAGUUUCCUUUGAACCCUAUGUUUGCAAAGAUGCUGCUGGAAUCAGGAAAUUUUGGCUGCUCCCAGGAAAUCUUGAGUAUUGCUGCCAUGAUGCAGAUUCAGAAUGUGUUUGUGCUCCCUCCAAACCAAAAAGCACAAGCUACAAGGCAACACAGAAAAUUUGCUGUGGAAGAAGGCGAUCAUCUCACUAUGCUAAAUGUAUAUGAAGCUUUUAUUAAACACAGCAAGAGUUCUCAGUGGUGUCAGGAGCACUUUCUAAACUACAAAGGGCUUGUCAGAGCAACAAUUGUGAGAGAGCAGCUGAAAAAGCUUCUUGUCAAAUUUAAAGUACCGAAGAAAUCCAGUGAAGGUGACCCAGAUCCUGUUUUGAGAUGUAUAGUUUCUGGAUUCUUUGCUAAUGCAGCCAAAUUCCACUCCACGGGAGCUUAUAGGACCAUCCGUGAUGACCAUGAACUGCACAUUCAUCCCACCUCAGUGCUGUAUGCAGAGAAACCUCCUCGCUGGGUAGUCUACAAUGAGGUCAUACAGACCUCCAAGUACUACAUGAGAGAUGUGACUGCUAUUGAAUCUGCUUGGUUAUUGGAACUGGCACCUCACUUUUACCAACAAGGAACGCAUCUUUCCUUGAGGGCAAAAAGAGUUAAAGUGGAUGACCAUUGAUUUGAAAUGGUUAUUGAGCCUUAUGACAUCAGAUGCAGAACCUACCACUGAUUCAAGCUGGCUAUAGUCCAUUCAGCAGUCAGUUCAUUAGCAACGUGACCUUACAUCAACUAAAUGUUUAAAUGCCUGCUAGGAUCCUAUAGGGGUUUAUGCAUGACCAAUACCUUGUAAACCUAAGUAGAGCUUGCAUUGCAGACAUCUUAUUCCUUGGCCUAACUGACCACCCCUGUUAACCUGGGCAUGUUGCUCCUUUUAAUAGGUAGACAAAUGAUCAAAAUAUUAAGGGGAUACACAGGACCACAAAGAACUAAAACCUCCGGGUAGGAAAUUGUAUCCUUGGAG